AUGUUAACCGUCAAUGACACUCUGCCGAGGGACCACGACGAUUUCUCCAUCGAUAAAUUAUGGAAGAAUGAUCCAUUACCUGAGGAGAUUUAUCCUCGAGUCAUUGAGAAGCAUAUCCCAGAACGAGGGUACUACAUCGCUCUAGGUCUCAUCAUGUCCAUAUGGAUGAUCACCCCUUUAAGCUGCGCCUAUCUCAUCUGGUUCGUGCUCCUCGGUCAAGGUCUCCGGGGAGGUCUGGGCCUCACAUCGACCCUUUUCGCCGCAUACGCAUUGACCGAAGUAGUCUUUGCAAUCUACACUUCUUACCUCGUCCGAUGGGUUCAAACGCCAACUCCAGCCUCUGUCUUACCUCUUGAAGCGCGAAACGAGCUUUUCCGUCGAGUUCUUACUUCAGAUCUGGGUUACAGCGUUCCUGAAAGACCUGCUGAAUCGGACGAUCCGGAGAAACAGAUGGAUAUGGAGCUCUGGAACCUGUAUCGAUCCGGCCAUCUAUCUGAAGCAAGGUAUCAUCAUGCGAAAGAUCGAAAGUAUGAGAUGAUACAUGGGAUACAGGCGCCUGGACCGAGAGUCGGAAAAAUGAGCGAAGGGCAGAAGGACCUCAUCGGAUCAUUCGUCGAGGAUCAUCCCGGAGAACGAGAGCAGAGGCUGAGGGAUCAAGUGGAGAAGGAUGUGGGGUUCGGACAGGAUGAUUUUGAUGAUGGCAUCAUGGACAAACAUGGAAAAUUGAUCCAUCUUCACCCGAUGGACAGGCGAGCGGUCGAGUUCAGAGAGAGACUUCGGACAUGGUUCAACCACGCUCCAUGGGAAAGUCUACGUCGGCAGAACGUUAUCAUCUGGCUCUCGUGGUCAUGCUUCAACUUGCCAUACGAGGAUGUUCAGAACAAUAAGAAAUGGCUCGACUUUCUGGAUGCCUCUCUAAAAAUGCUUGAAGCGAGGACUGGAACCCGAUUCCCCGAUGGCUUUGAUCCAAACGUUGAAAUGCUGAGAUUGACCUUGGAUCCCGUCAACGCCAAGGGGAGACCCCUGAUUCUCUACGCAGUGACGAACACCAUCAAUUGGUUUCUUCGAGAGAUCGUAUACCCUUACCAGGGGAUGGGGCUGUAUCGCGAAGGCGGAAUCGACUACUUGAUCCGCAUCCCAGCCCACUGGACACCAGAGAAGGGGCGAACAGAGCCCAAUGCUAUGCCUAUCAUCUAUUUCCACGGACUUGGCUUUGGUCUGCUCCAAAACCACUUAUUGAUCAAGCACCUCCUGGAAUCACUCCCCACUCAUCCUAUUUGCGUGCCCUUGGCUGUGCAUACCUCUCAAUCUAUAUUCCACGAACGGCACCUGCGCCCCUGGACCAGGCGAGAGCUCGUGCCCGCGAUCAAGAACAUAUGCAAAAAGUGGGGAUUCUGGGAACAAGGCGUGGAAGAGUGGGGUGUGAGGAAAGAUAGAUCGGCUGGAGGGGUCAGUCUGAUGAGUCACUCCAAUGGGAGUACGGCACAUGGAUGGAUCCUCAAAGACUGUCCAGAGUUGAGUCGUCGGAAUACUUUCGUCGACCCUGUUGUCUUCUGUCUGUGGGAAGGAGGCGACGUAGAUAUCUGUCACUCGUUUUGUUAUCGCAAGCCUAGUACGGCAUUAGAACUGCUACUGUAUUACUUUAUAGCAUCGGAGGUGGGCAUAGCAAACUAUAUCCAGAGGCAUUUCGACUGGGCCGACAACAACCUCUGGUUCGAUGAGAUUCCCAACGUCACAGAUCCCCGCAAGACGGCCUUUUUCCUAGGUGGGAAAGACAUCAUCAUAGAUACUGCUCGGGCUAGAAAGUAUCUCGAAAGGCAUGGUGCUGGGAAAUGUAUCUAUUGGGCGUCUCAAGCUGGACAUGGUGAUGGUCUUUCGGGGGAAUCGAGAGAUCGAGUCGUCAUGUUUGUUGGGACUGGCUCGACUCGCGGAUGGCAAGGUUGGUUGACAAGAGGGAGGAGAACGCAUAGUCUGGGAAGGGACGAUUGGCAGAGACUCAAGAGAAAUCUCAAAGCGUCAUCUACAGCGGCUGCGAGUGGGUCAAGUGAUGACGACGAGCCUCUGAGAAGAGGUUCGGAAAUGUCGAGUGCGAGUAUGGAGAGCGAUGCGACGAGGGUUGAGGAUGUCGUUGUGAAGUAG